AUGUCGUUCCCGCAUCCCCGACAAACAAUAAAAGUUGACCAGCCCUCCAUCAACGACACCCUUAGCGCUCGCCUUGCCUCGGAGAUCACCAAAUGCAUGUCGGGAAGCGGAGAACAUCUUAAGGAUGAGGGCUCCAAAACCCAAGUCGUCAUUGCUGGAGCUACGGCAGUUAGAUUUGUCAUUGCUCCUCUUGAUGUCGUGAAGAUCCGCCUCCAAUUGCAAACACACUCGCUGUCCGAUCCACUGUCGCAGCUGGAUUUACGCGGUUCGCCGAUUUACAAGGGCACGCUACCUACAAUCAAACAUAUCCUUCGGGAGGAAGGACUCACUGGGCUAUGGAAGGGAAAUAUCCCGGCGGAGCUGAUGUAUGUUGCGUACGGUGCAAUACAAUUCACGGCGUAUCGAACCAUUACUCUGGCAUUGCAGUCCGGUUUUGGCGAGCAUCGGCUGCCAACAUCUGCAGAAAGCUUCAUUGCCGGUGCCGGUGCCGGUGCAAUUGCGACCACUGCGACGUAUCCGCUUGAUGUUCUACGAACUCGCUUUGCUGCCCAAGGGACCGACAAGGUGUAUAGCUCGUUAUUUCAGUCGAUCCGUGAUAUUGCCCGUCAAGAAGGCCCCCGGGGAUUCUUUCAAGGUGUUCGAGCUGGCAUUGGGCAGAUCAUUCCAUAUAUGGGUAUCUUUUUUGCUACCUAUGAGGCCCUCCGACUUCCUUUGGGGACUUUAGACCUGCCACUUGGAUCGGGAGAUGCUACUGCUGGCGUUAUCGCUUCGGUUAUCUCCAAGACUGGUGUGUUUCCAUUGGAUCUGAUAAAGAAGCGAUUGCAGAUUCAAGGGCCCACGAGGUCGAAAUAUGUCCACAAGAACAUCCCAGUCUACCAAGGCGUCUUCAAAACCUUUCGGCAUAUCAUUAAGAGUGAGGGACCCAGAGGACUCUAUCGCGGACUAACAGUCAGCCUUAUCAAAGCCGCUCCGGCGAGUGCGGUCACAAUGUGGACGUAUGAAAGAGUUUUGAAUAUUUUGCUAGAAAUGGAAAAUACAGCUGUGGGCGCAGGAGAAUUUUGA